AUUAUCACCGCCAUAACGUUAGUCCUGCAGUGAUAUUCAACAGAUUUGUAAAUUGAUGGUGAAUAUGACAAUUUGUUGUGACAUGAAAGAUUCUGCCAUCAAACAUUGAUUAGGAAAUAAAUAAGAGAUAUCGUGAUAAACUGAAAUACUUCGUAGAAUUAACAUAAAACCAUUUCAAAGCCGCAAGAGAAAAAUAAACUGACUUAACAAAUAAUUAAGGGACCGUUUUAUUUUAUCAGAGGGACUACCACCAGAAAGAUGUGACGAUACAUUUCAAUUAAGUAUCAUUUAAAUUUUAGGUGUUCAUAUUGAAGCAGGAUUAUCUCAGACAGAAGAUACUAACAUCGAAGAAAAAAAAGUUCAAAAAAUUAAUGGUCAUUCAGAGGAGGAUAAAAUUAUAUAAGACAAUGUAUCAGAUUACAUAGGAUUAAAAAAAACUGUGAGAAAAUGUUUGAAGCGAUUUGAUAAGCUGUUAAUAGAAUAUCGAAUGACGUGUAUACGUUACCCAAUCGAAGUGAAGACAAUCCUACGCGCCUCGUGAAAAAACAAAUAAAACUUAAAAGGAAUCUUUUCGAUUUUAAUACAUAUGUCAGAAAUAUCAGUAUGUCCUUAUUUUCGUUUUUAUUUUUGUUUUUGUUUAGCUUUUCUAAUGCGUCAGUUCCAAAUGAAACCAGUGCUCUCCUAUACGAAACAUUAGCGUCGCUGAAAUCAGCGUUAGAAUUUCUUUACUCAGAACACAAGAAUAUAAACUUGGAUGCUGUCAUUGGGACACGGAUGGUAGAAGGACAACUGUCAGUGCUUAUAGAAAGAAUACAAAGUAAUCCAGAAAAUUGGGUAGUUGAUAACAACUUGUUUACUAAUCUCAAGGAAUUAGCUGACCUAGCCGGGAAAGUCAGCAGUAAAGCAAUACCAUAUAUAGCGUCACUGACACCCUUCUACUACCAGAAAAUAGGAACAAUAUUGCAAAAGACAUUCUGGGAGCUUGAUUUUCCAAGUAAAGAUUUCAGUGGAGACGUGGAAGUUUGGCCAUACAAAAGAGGAGAGUCACUUCAUGAAAACCAGUCUGAUGAUUGUUUGGCUGAAUUUUUUGGCACAGGGAAAUCGUCUAAUGUUCCCUGUGAUGUGUCGGACAAAUGUUGGAAGAAGAUGACAAAACCUCUGUAUAAUGGCUACUCACUUACUCAUGAACUAUUUUACCUUGAAAUAGGAGAACAGCAUGGAUGUCAUGCAGAGAUGGAGCUAAAACGUCUCACACACAACCAAGAAUCAGUAGCAAAACUACGAGAGACAUACUGUGCCAAUAUUCUCAACGAAGCUGCCUUAAUUGCAGAACAGAAUUUCCCGGAAGACAGACACGACCUGUUCAUGGAACAAGCUGCGUUGUGUGGAAUGGUCGGAUACAGACAGUUUUUCUCUUCAGACUGGCUAAGAAAAAUGCUAAGUUGGCAAAAUAAAGCUAUUGGCUGUUAUCAUGGGAAUCCUAUUCGUGAGUGGGAAGUCGAGUACAGAAAACCAGAUUCACCAGGAGGUAAAAAACUCAUGAGUAAAAAAUGGAAAUUGCCGUCCAUGCCACCAACGGCUGUACAACAUGUUCGCCACAAACGUGAAGAGAGGAUUCUUCGGGAUGGUUGUCUGAGUCAUCGAACAGCAGUGGCAGUUGCAGCACAAGGACAAUAUAUUAGAUACAUGUUGGAAUAUAUGGCAUUCCAGGCUAGUCCGUGAAAGCAUUCGUGAUCAAAUGUUAAUAUACUUACCCAUUGUAAGCACAUCGUGAACUAAUUUUCAAAAUGACAAUUAUUUUCAUUCAAUUAUUGUAUUAAAAAUGUAUAUUCUUAUUCAAUAGGACAAUGUCUCAAAGAAAAAUGUAAUAGAUAAAAUGUUAUGAUAUUCUUCCAAUGAAAAAUAGAUUUUAAAAAAUGCAAAUGAAACAUCGGAACUGAUUAUUUUUACAGA